AUGGUGCAUAAAAUUCAAUUUAUUAUGUUGAUUUUAUCAUUUUAUUUUAAAAUAAUUGAUAGUGAGUUGGUCACAUAUUAUUUAAAAAAAAGGUUAAGGGAAAAUAAAAUAAUUUUAAGCGUUGCUGCCAAUUUAAUGCGUUCGCAAAGUGUAUGGUCUUUGGUAUGGUAAACAGAUUUGUGAUACAUUGUUUGUGUAUAAUGUACAUGUAUAUUUUAGGAACAUUCCAGUACCUUUGGGAAGUAGACUGCCAGAGUAAUGGGGACAAGUUUUUCAAAGAUAAUUUCCGAAUGGAAAGAUCCUGCUUUAAAAAAUUGUGCAGCAAACUUGAAAAAAUAGCCAAAAGAAAAACGAACUAUCGAAACCCGAUUUCACUAAAAAAGCGCGUGGCAAUUGCUCUGUAUGCACUAGGAUCUUCUAGUGAAUACAGAUCAAUUGGACAUUUGUUUGGAGUAGGCAAAGCAACUGUUUGCAAAAUACUCAUCGAGUUUUGCAAUGAAGUUGGGACAUCUUUGGCUCAAAUAUAUUUGAAAAAUUUUCGACUGACAAGGGCGCAAAUUGAGAAUGGAGUCGCAGAUUUUAAUGCAAUGGGCUAUCCACAAUGUAUUGGAGCAAUAGAUGGAUGUCAUAUUGAAAUUCAUCCAAGAAAGGAAGAAGCCAUUGAUUACUACAACUACAAAGGGUGGUAUUCCGUAGUACUAUUGGCUUUGGUAGACGCAAAAUAUAGAUUUGUUUAUAUACAUUGCGGCAGUCCUGGAAGAUGCAACGACUCCGGAAUUUUUGAAAAAUCAUCGAUAAAGCGCGAGUUGCAAAGUUGUGCACUUCUUGAUGAAUUGAGCUUGCUGUAUGGAUCCACAAAAAUACCAGUCCAUAUUAUAGGGGACUCUGCUUUUCGUCUCUCUCAGCAUUUAAUGAAGCCAUAUCCGCAUAGUGUGACCAAUACACCCGAACAAAAAAAAUUCAACUAUAGAUUGUCUAAGUGCCGGCGUGUUGUGGAAAAUGCUUUUGGCCAUUUAAAAGCCCGAUUUAGGAGAAUUGGAAAAGGCGUGGAUAACCACAUCAAAAAUGUAAACACAGUUAUUUCAUGUGCAUGUGUUUUACAUAAUUUUUUGAUUGCUGAGAAGGAUUUAAUUUUGGAAAAUUGGCUAUUCAAAUAUUCAAUACGGCACCAAUGCAGUUGACCGAUCUGAAGGAGAAUCGAUAAGAAAUGCGUUAAAGGAAUAUUUCAGUGCGGAAGCUUCGUGCAGUGCUGGAGACGAUGGUGGGGAAAAUGUAAACGAAGCAGACGGAGCAGCUGAAAAUGAGGAGCAUGAAGGUGAUAUCGGCGAAUUUGAUGGAGCUGGCGAAGCAACCGAAUCAGGCAUGCCUACAUAUAUAAAUAGAAAUUAACAUUAUACAAUUAGAUGUAAAUACAAAUAAAAUUACAUAUAUAAAUAAAACAAAUACCUGUUAUACUAUCGACAACGACCGCAUCAACAUUAUUCACCCUAUCCCUUCCUAUUAUUUGGUGCACCCUCCGAUAGUGCUUCCAAGAAACAGGAGAACACCCUGUCCCCUGCUCUGCUUUGCAUUUUCUGCAAAGGAAAUUUUGAGGCUGUAACAAAAUUACUUUAAUGAAAUAAUAUAUUAUAUGCCUUACCUAUAUUUCAUUGUGAAGUUGUGGAUUUUAUAUUUCACGUCAACUGGACGGACCUCAUGUCCAAGCACUCCCAGCGACUGAGCCAUCUCCGCAUAUAUGUGCGAGUUCUUGCGUGGCCCUCGCAAUUCAGCUGCCUUCUCACCCCAUAUAUCAAGGAAUGCUUCGUCCGCGGAAGGAAGCCAAAUUGUUUUACAUUUUUUAAUGUUUUCCAUUACAACGAGUUGAUUCAGUAUUCCUGAGGAAAGAUUGUAGACUUAUUUGGCCAGCUUAAUAUUAUAUUAAUGAAAUUAGAUGUAAAUACAAAUAAAAUUACAUAUAUAAAUAAAAGAAAUACCUGUUAUACUAUCCGCAACGAGUUGAUUCAGUAUUCCUGAGGAAAGAUUGUAGACUUAUUUGGCCAGCUUAAUAUUAUAUUAAUGAAAUUAGAUGUAAAUACAAAUAAAAUUACAUAUAUAUAUUAAAUAAAAGAAAUACCUGUUAUACUAUCCGCAACGAGUUGAUUCAGUAUUCCUGAGGAAAGAUUGUAGACUUAUUUGGCCAGCUUAAUAUUAUAUUAAUGAAAUUAGAUGUAAAUACAAAUAAAAUUACAUAUAUAAAGAAAAGAAAUACCUGUUAUACUAUCCGCAACGAGUUUAUUCAGUAUUCCUGAGGAAAGA